GCGAUAGAAACUGGUGACAGAAGAGGAGAAGGAACAACAAACAGGAACCUUGGAAAUCUGUUUCAUUCUCUUGGCGAAUAUCAAAGGGCUAAAGAGUAUCAAGAUAAAGCACUUGCCAUUGCGAUAGAAAUUGGCGACAGAAAAGAAGAAGGAACAAGAUACGGGAACCUCGGAAAUGUGUUUGAUUCCCUUGGCGAAUUUCAGAGGGCUAAAGAAUAUCAAGAGAAAGCACUUGCUAUCGCGAUAGAAAUUGGCAACAGACAAGGAGAAGGAACAACAUACGGGAACCUCGGAAAUGUGUUUGAUUCCCUUGGCGAAUAUCAGAGGGCUAAAGAAUAUCAAGAGAAGGCACUUGCUAUCACGAGAGAAACUGGCGAUAGACAAGGAGAAGGAACAACGUACGGGAACCUCGGAAAUGUGAUGCAUUCCCUUGGCGAAUAUCAGAAGGCUAAAGAAUAUCACGAGAGAGCACUUGCCAUCGCGAUAGAAAUUGGCGACAGAAAAGGAGAAGGAACAACAUGUGGAAACCUCGGAAUUGUGUUUCAUUCCCUUGGCGAAUAUCAGAGGGCUAAAGAAUAUCAAGAGAAAGCACUUGCCAUCGCGAUAGAAAUUGGCGACAGACAAAGAGAAGGAACAAUAUACGGGAACCUCGGAAACGUGUUUGAAUCUCUUAGCGAAUAUCAGAAGGCUAAAGAAUAUCAAGAGAAAGCACUUGCCAUCGCAAUAGAAAUUGGCGACAGAAAAGGAGAAGGAACAACAUGUGGACACCUCGGAAUUGUAUUUCAUUUCCUUGGCGAAUAUCAGAAGGCCAGAGAAUAUCAAGAGCAAGCACUUGCAAUCGAAAUAGAAAUUGGCGACAGAAAAGGAGAAGAAAUAACAUGCGGGAACCUCGGAGCUGUGUUUGAAUCCCUUGGCGAAUAUCAAAAGGCUAGAGAAUAUCACGAGAGAGCACUUGCCAUCGCGAAAGAAACUGGCGACAAAAAAGGAGAAGGAACAACAUGUGGACACCUCGGAAUUGUGUUUCAUUCCCUGGGCGAAUAUCAGAAGGCCAAAGAAUAUCAAGAGAGAGCAUUUGCCAUCGCGAUAGAAACUGGCGACAGACAAGGAGAGGGAACAACAUACGGGAACCUUGGAACUGUGAUUCAUUCCCUUGGCGAAUAUCAGAAGGCUAAAGAAUAUCAAGAGAAAGCACUUGCCAUCGCGAUAGAAAUUGGCGACAGAAAAGGAGAAGGAACAACAUAUGGACACCUCGGAAAUGUGUUUCAUUCCCUUGGCGAAUAUCAGAAGGCUAGAGAAUAUCAAGAGAAAGCACUCGCCAUAACGACAGAAAUUGGCGACAGAAAAGGAGAAGGAACAACGUACGGGAACCUCGGAACUGUGUUUGAAUCCAUUGGCGAAUAUCAGAGGGCUAAAGAGUAUCAAGAGAAAGCACUUGCCAUCGCGAUAGAAGUUGGUGACAGAAAAGGAGAAGGAACAACAUGUGGACACCUCGGAAUUGUGUUUCAUUCCCUUGGCGAAUAUCAGAAGGCUAGAGAAUAUCAAGAGAAAGCACUUGCCAUCGUGAUAGAAAUUGGUGACAGAAAAGGGGAAGAAACAACAUGCGGACACCUCGGAACUGUGUUUCGUUCCCUUGGCGAAUGUCAGAGGGCUAAAGAGUAUCAAGAGAGAGCACUUGCCAUCGCGAUAGAAAUUGGCGACAGACAAGGAGAAGGAACAACAUACGGGCACCUCGGGAUUGUGUUGCAUUCCCUGGGUGAACAUCAGAGGGCUAAAGAAUAUCACGAGAAAGCACUUGCCAUCGAGAUAGAAAUUGGCGACAGAGCAGGAGAAGGAACAACAUGUGGACACCUCGGAUUUGUGUCUCACUCCCUUGGCGAAUAUCAGAAGGCUAGAGAAUAUCAAGAGAAAGCACUUGCCAUCGCGAUAGAAAUUGGCGAUAGAAAAGGAGAAGAAACAACAUGCGGACACCUCGGAACUGUGUUUCGUUCCCUCGGCGAAUAUCAGAGGGCAAAAGAACAUCACGAAAAAGCACUUGCCAUCGCGAUAGAAAUUGGCGACAGAAAAGGAGAAGGAACAACAUGUGGACACCUCGGAAUUGUGUUUCAUUCCCUUGGCGAAUAUCAGAAGGCUAAAGAAUAUCAAGAGAAAGCACUUGCCAUAGCGAUGGAAAUUGGUGACAGAAACAUGGAAGGAACAAUUUACGGGAACCUCGGAGCUGCGUUUGAUUGCCUUAGCGAAUAUCAGAAGGCUCAAGAAUAUCACGAAAAAGCACUUGCCAUUAUGAUAGAAAUUGGCGACAGUGAAAAAGAAGGAACAGCAUACGUUAACCUCGGAGCUGUGUUUGAGUCCCUUGGCGAAUAUCAGAAGGCUAAAGUAUAUGAAGAGAAAGGGCUUGCCAUCGCAAUAAAAUUUGGCGACAGGAGAGGAGAAGGUUUCGCACACUUAAAUAUUGGAAAAAUUUACCUUAAGCUUCAUAAAAAUCGGGCAGCUAAAGAACAUUUGGACAAAGCAGUCAGCGUCAGUAUUACACUUGGUGACAGAAAACUAGAGGUCUUGGCUACUGUAAGUUUGGCAGCUGUCUUUGCUUCUGUCAAUGACAGUCAGAAGGCAAAAGAGCAUUUCGAGAAGGCGCUUACAAUCAGCAGAGAAUGUAGCGAUAGAUAUUUGGAAGCACAUGUUUAUCUAAACCUUGGACGUCUAUUCCAAUCGUUUGGGGAAUGUGGCAAGGCAGCAGAUUAUUUAGAGAAAGCUUGUUCCAUAAGCAGCCAUAUUGGACACAAAAUGGCUGAGUUUCACAGCCUUCUCAGUAUUACAAUAUUAAAGACAUCACAGUCAGAGACUGUUGAGGCAAUGGAAUAUCUUCUUCAUUGUAUUGGAAAAUAUGAACAAAUCAGAACUCUACUGAAAGGAAACAGUGAAUUUCAAAUGUCUCUGUUGGAGGAACACGGUACUUUUCCCUAUCAGUUAUUUACUGAUUUGCUUUGCGAUACUGGAAAAUUUCGAGAUGCUCUCUAUGUUGAGGAGCUGGGACGAGCAAGAGUCCUCACAGAAUUUAUGGCAGACAAGUACUCCGCUGAAAGCCACAUUUCAGCCGAUCCACGAUCAUGGUUCGGCAUCGAAAACGUCGUGAAAAGAGAAAGUAACUGUGCUUUUUUGUACAUUUCAUAUAGAGAUCGGCAAGUUCUUCUCUGGGUAUGGAAAACAAAUGGGGACAUUUGCUUUCGAAAAACAGACGAGGUGAAAGUAGAGACUCUUAUCGCUGAGCAAGUUUGCGAAGUGGAAGGAAUUUUCAAAAAGAGCGCCGCCUGCUUUGGUGUUUUACCCACAGCGAACUGCGAAGACCGAUCGCUGGAUGACAACGUUCAUGAAGAGAGCCAAGUAAAUUUGCGAGGUGACAAAAUCAAAGAUACCGGAAGAAGUCAUCAUUUGUGCUACGAAUGGAUCUUCGCACCUGUGGCAGAUUUACUUACAGAGCCCGAAAUCAUUAUUGUACCGGAUCGUUUUUCGUACCGAGUCCCAUUUGCUGCCUUGCGUGAUGGACCAGCUGGAAAGUAUUUAUCGGAGAAGUACAGAAUACGCAUCGUCCCUUCACUGACGACUCUCCGGCUCAUUCAAGAAUGUCCAGCAGACUAUCACAGUCAAACUGAUGCAUUGGUUGCCGGUGAUCCUACGGUUGGCAAAGUGCAUUAUAAUGGACGUCUCACUGACAUUAAACCAUUGUUCUGUGCAAAUAAGGAAGCAGAGAUGGUUGGUCAACUGCUGGGCGUUCAGCCUUUGUUAGGAAGUCGCGCAACAAAGCACGCGGUUCUUCAAGCAAUACCUUCAGUGAGUCUGAUACAUCUUGCUGCCCAUGGAAAUGCCGAAAGAGGAGAGAUUGCCCUCUCUCCUCAGUAUACUUGUAACAGUACUCCACAAGAGGAAGACUACCUCCUGACAAUGUCCGACAUCGAAGGAGUUCAAGUGCGAGCUAAACUAGUAGUACUUAGUUGUUGUCACAGUGGGCGUGGAUUGGUAAAAAAGGAAGGAGUUAUUGGAAUCGCUCGAGCAUUUCUAGCAUCCGGUGCACGUUCAGUGUUGGUAGCAUCGUGGGCUGUAGAAGAUGAAGCAACGUCAAAGCUCAUGAAACAUUUCUACGCACACCUUGUUCGUGGAGAAAGUGCGAGU